CGAAUAUUGUCCAGAGUUCAUUAGGGGUUCGUUCGAAUCUGAUCAAACUGAAAUGGACUGCGGGUGCGAGGUGGAUUUUACUGGCUUGUCCCUAGGGACCUCAUGCGCAGGUGGUAGCUUCGUCCUUUUCAUGGCCCUGCUGGACAGCUUCCUGAGAAAAACUUGCGAUAUUUCGGAAAUUUGCGAGAGGGUUAAACCUAAGGUGGUUCCAGAUGAAGUGUACGAUUUCGUUGUCAUUGGUGGAGGCAGUGGGGGUGCUACAGCUGCUGGACGGUUAGCAGAAGUUGACGACUGGAAGGUGCUGCUUUUGGAGGCUGGAGACGAUGAGCCCGUUGGAUCGCAGGUGCCAGCAAUGGCUUACAAUUUCCUAGGAAAUCCAGCCAUAGACUGGGGAUACAAGACGGACCCAGAAGAAUCAGCAUGCCUGGGCUACGCCAACCAUCAGUGCGACUUCCCAAGAGGAAAAGUCCUUGGUGGGUGCAGCGUCGUCAACGGUAUGAUGUACAUGAGAGGAGUACCCAAAGAUUUCGACGACUGGGAAGCAGCUGGCAACCCUGGAUGGGGCUACGACGACGUUCUACCAUAUUUCCUCAGGUCUGAGGACAAUACCGAGAUCGGAACUCUGGUAGAUGCUAAGUAUCACGCGACAGGUGGACCAAUGACGACCAAUCGGUUUCCAGAUCAGCCCAAAAUGGCCUUCGACAUUUUGAAGGCUGCCGAAGAGGCCAAUUUCUCGGUUUCGAAUGAUUUGAAUGGGGAGAAACUGGAGGGAUUCGCGAUUGCACAAUCCAAUUCGAGAAACGGAGUACGUUUGAGCAGCGCCAGAACCUUUUUGAGGCCCAACAGGAACCGCCAAAAUCUUCAAGUCAUGCUGAAUUCGACUGCCACCAGAAUCGUCCUUAACAAGAACAACAAAGUUACGGGAGUUGAGUUCCUUUACCAGAAAGUAAAAUAUAGGGUCAAAGUGCGCAAAGAAGUGAUCGUAUCUGGAGGAGCAAUAAACUCGCCUCAAAUACUUUUACUUUCUGGUAUUGGUCCAAAGGAUGAACUAGAGAAGGUCGGCAUCAAGGUGGUUCACGAUCUGCCUGGAGUGGGCAAAAACUUCCACAAUCACGUAGCCUUCUACCUGUAUUAUCUGCUCAACAAAGAGGAAGCUAUAAGCGACUUGGACUGGGUGGCUGUUGUCAAUUAUUUGUUGUACAGGAAAGGACCCUUAUCUUCCACAGCGCUCUCACAGCUCACCGCAAGGCUGAACACAAAGUACGCCGAUCCGAGCGGUUUAUUCCCCGACAUUCAAUUGUUCUUCGACGGUUUCAUGGCCAGCUGUUCCAACACCGGCGAGGCGAGGGCGUAUGAAAAUCCGGACGAUCCAAAACAGCCGAAAUUGAUAAACGUUUCACCUGUGGUGCUCCAUCCGAAGAGCAGAGGAAGCAUCACCCUGAGAUCCAGUAAUCCUUUGGACGCCCCCUCCAUAAGGGUGAACUACCUGAAGGAGCCCGAGGACGUCGCGACGCUGAUUGAAGGAAUCAGGAUUGUGCAGAAGCUGGCGAACACUACGAUAUUGAGGGAAAAAUAUGGCAUCGAAUUGAGGAAAGACGAUUAUGGUGAUUGUGAAAAGCUACACGAAUAUGACUCUGAUGCAUUCUGGGAGUGCGCUGUUCGAUACAUGACAGGAAACGAGAAUCACCAGUCUGGAUCCUGCAAGAUGGGCCCAGCAUCAGACCCCAUGGCUGUCGUUGAUCACCAGCUUCAGGUGUACGGUAUCUUAGGCCUUAGGGUAAUGGACUCUUCCAUUAUGCCUAAGGUAAUUUCGGGUAACACUCACGCCCCAAUUGUGAUGAUAGCGGAGAAAGGGGUGCAACACAUUAAAGAUAAAUAUCUAAAUGCAUACUGAUGGAGGAUACAGAAUGCCUUUUCCAUUUGGAGUCAUGGCGAUCAUCAUAAGUCUCAAUUCCGGCGUAUUAAAUAUUGAAGUACUGUAUAUAACUCAUUUUCGUUGUAAUUAUUAGGUUAAUUUAUGUGAAACAUAAUAUUGGUUUGAAUUCAUACUCUCAGUAUCGAAAUAUAUCACGUUUUUUCUAUAA